UCCGCGGCGGUGGCGGCUGCUGCUCUUCUUUGGGUUCUGUCACGGUGUCGGUGGUUCCCGGCUCACCGGUCCCCUCCCCCUUCCGGCGAGCGUGGUCGCCAGAGAGCUCCUCUCAGCCCUGCUCUGCGGGGUCCACAGCGGGGCGUGGGUGUCCGGCGGCAGCGGCGGCGAGCCCGUGGGCAGUGGGGGUUGGUCCAGUGGCUCCGGCCCCCGGUGCAGAAUGGCGGCGGCGGUUCGGAUGAACAUCCAGAUGCUGCUGGAGGCGGCCGACUACCUGGAGCGGCGGGAGAGAGAAGCUGAACAUGGUUAUGCCUCCAUGUUACCAUACAAUAACAAGGACAGAGAUGCCUUAAAACGGAGGAGCAAAUCCAAGAAGAAUAACAGCAGUAGCAGAUCGACUCACAAUGAAAUGGAGAAGAAUAGACGGGCCCACCUUCGCUUGUGCCUGGAAAAGUUGAAGGGGCUAGUGCCACUUGGUCCAGAAUCAAAUCGACACACUACACUGAGUUUAUUAACAAGAGCCAAAUUGCACAUAAAGAAACUUGAAGACUGUGACAGAAAAGCCAUUCACCAAAUAGACCAGCUUCAGCGAGAGCAGCGACACCUGAAGAGGCAGCUGGAGCAGCUGGGCAUCGAGAGGAUACGGACGGACAGCACCGGCUCCACGGUCUCCUCCGAGCGCUCCGACUCCGACAGGGAAGAGAUCGACGUGGACGUCGAAAGCACAGACGAUCUCACGGGCGACCUGGACUGGUGCAGCAGCAGCGUGAGCGACUCAGACGAGCGGGGAAGCAUGCAGAGCCUGGGCAGUGAUGAGGGCUACUCCAGCUCCAGCAUCAAGAGAAGAAAGCUCCAGGAGGGUCACAAGACGCGUCUUGGUCUCAAGGAGAGCGUGGUCACUUCGGCUGCCGCCCGGAUGGUCCCGCCCGUCGGCUCCCAUUGAUUAGGUAGCGUAUCGGACCUGCCCACAAUUCCCUCGCCCGUCAGCUUCCGUGUUCCACCGUCACCAAAAGCAGCUGUGCAAAAGUUGUCAAGGAAGUGCUUAGGAGUGUGGGUUUCUUUUUUUUCUUUCUUUCUUUUUCUUUUUCUUUUAUCCCCGAUCCCCAUCUUGAAUGGGGUUGAGCGGGCCCCCGCGCCUGCUGGCGUAGGGUAGGCACACGCUGAGCCAGUCAGUGCAGCCUGGACACCUGAGGGCGUCACAGACCCGUUACUGCUCAGUCUGGGGUGGCUGAAUGCCACUCGCCCCUCUUAGAAGUUGGGGCACGCCGACCAGGAUUGUGGGUUUCUGACUGCAUCCUCUAGCUUCUCUCUUUCUCUCCAUAAAAAUUCGUCUCUGACAGACUGUACAUUCCAAUCACUUUGAAGCACCCAAGAAUUCUUAGACGGGAUAAGCACUUACUCACAUCUCGGCGAUUUCCCCCUCUUAUUUACUGUCCCCGUGUAGUCUACCAGACCUUCCUUGAAGUUUUCUGGCUUCCUCUGUGACUUGCCUAGCGGAAAUGUCCGAAUGUGUCUUGUGCUUAGGAAACUGAAGGAAACAAACUUUUAAAGUUGAGAUCCUGAUCUCAGAACUCCAAAGUAAGCUUUGAAAGUGGGAUUUAAGAGCGCUUAACCAUGGCCCUCACCGCCUGUGAGCAGGCAGGAAUACCUCCAGAAAACACACCCUUCACACACGUCCCGCGCCAAGGCCCCCGACCCUCGUGUGGAUGGCCGCAGUAUUUCUCACUCUCAAACGGACCCCUUACGAGCACGUCUUUGGGGUAGCACAGCUUAUAAAAGUUCCAACAUCAUUUGUUCUCACGAACAGAACGGUACAGUCUAUUUUUGUGCACUGUCCUUGGGACCGUGCUGUGUCCUGCUCUCCCAAGGCACAUUUCCCCUCCAAGUCGGUUAUGCUCCUUGUCUCUGGAACAUUUUUUUUUCCUACCUCAGAGAUAAAUGAGAUCUCCAUUUCCCACUUAACACAAACUGAUUAUGCCUCUUUUUUUGUUUGUUUUUUUCCCCAAAUAAGUGACAUUUGGUCCAAUUCUAAUUAUUUUGCUGUUUAACUUUCAGCAAUACCUGAACUUUGGCACUAGCUGAGCUAGUGUCCAUCAUCAGUGAAAGGAAAAGUCCACAUUUCUGCUCUCUGUUGCAGGUGAACGGGAGGGGAUGGUACAGUGUUACUACAAUUCCUCUCCUUAUUGAUUAUUUUUGGACACACCCAGAAACUUCUUUAUGGAGGCUUUUGGGUUAAUAGUUUAAAAGGCUGAUUUUUCUUUUUGGUUAUGAUUUCUCCCUUAAGUGGUCUCCCACUUUGUAGCAUUUUUAUUUAAGCUAAAACAGAGCACAUGUAUAUGUACAUAAGACACAUUAAAUCUAUAAAUACUAUUUAUUCAUUUUAUAUAAACUAAUGUAAUGGAAAAUAAAUUCUU